AUGACAUUGCAGGAUGGUUGGCUUACUGCAACACAAGAACCAUUACUGACCACCUACUUCUGUGUUGGACUACUAGGUGGAACAGCCAUUCUGUUAGAAGGAACAACGUUACAAUGUGAUGGACUACUAGGUGGAACAGCCAUUCUGUUAGAAGGAACAACGUUACAAUGUGAUGGACUACUAGGUGGAACAACCAUUCUGUUAGAAGGAACAACGUUACAAUGUGAUGGACUACUAGGUGGAACAACCAUUCUGUUAGAAGGAACAACGUUACAAUGUGAUGGACUACUAGGUGGAACAACCAUUCUGUUAGAAGGAACAACGUUACAAUGUGAUGGACUACUAGGUGGAACAACCAUUCUGUUAGAAGGAACAACGUUACAAUGUGAUGGACUACUAGGUGGAACAACCAUUCUGUUAGAAGGAACAACGUUACAAUGUGAUGGACUACUAGGUGGAACAGCCAUUCUGUUAGAAGGAACAACGUUACAAUGUGAUGGACUACUAGGUGGAACAACCAUUCUGUUAGAAGGAACAACGUUACAAUGUGAUGGACUACUAGGUGGAACAGCCAUUCUGUUAGAAGGAACAACGUUACAAUGUGAUGGACUACUAGGUGGAACAACCAUUCUGUUAGAAGGAACAACGUUACAAUGUGAUGGACUACUAGGUGGAACAACCAUUCUGUUAGAAGGAACAACGUUACAAUGUGAUGGACUACUAGGUGGAACAGCCAUUCUGUUAGAAGGAACAACGUUACAAUGUGAUGGACUACUAGGUGGAACAGCCAUUCUGUUAGAAGGAACAACGUUACAAUGUGAUGGACUACUAGGUGGAACAGCCAUUCUGUUAGAAGGAACAACCUUACAAUGUGAUGGACUACUAGGUGGAACAGCCAUUCUGUUAGAAGGAACAACGUUACAAUGUGUUGAUAUCAGGAUCUCCAAGGUGUCUUUCAUCUGAGUUUUACUGUUUGACUCCAAAGACUUUUAUGAUGCUUUAUAGUUUUCAGCUAAAUUCAUGCAUUCAAUUAUUAUAUUUUUCAUGACAUAAUCUGUUCUUUCUAAUUCAAAUGACUUGAAUGAAAUGAUUAUAAAAUGCAUCAUUGAGAAUAAUAGGAUGGGAUACUACUAGUAUUGCUG